CGCUUGCAUCAACGAAGCGGGCCAAAAGAACUAAUAAGUUACUUUAAUUCGUGGUCUCGAUAAUCAGAUAGAACGGUUCCACAAUGAAUCCAAUUACGAAUGCCAAAAAUCAGAAUUUAAUGAAUGAGAAGGAGUUAUCGCUCGGUCACACAGGGACAGUUAGCAGUUGGCAUAGACAGUACAAAGAUUCGGCUUGGAUCUAUGUGGGUGGUUUACAUUACGAUCUCACUGAAGGUGAUGUUAUUUGUGUUUUUUCUCAGUAUGGUGAGAUUGUUAAUAUCAAUUUAGUUCGGGAUAAAAAGACAGGUGUGUCAAAGGGAUUUGCAUUUGUGUGUUAUGAAGAUCAAAGAAGUACUGUUCUAGCUACUGAUAAUUUAAAUGGAAUAAAAUUAGGAGGUCGUAUAAUCCGAGUAGACCAUGUCGAAAAAUAUCGAGUACCAAAGGACGGAGUUCUUGAUGUUGGACAUAUGGAUAAAAAGCCAGAGCACAAACGACCUACUGACUCUGUUUCGGAAUUUGUUAAAGAGCAUGGAUGUGGUCCAGAAGUGAUGAAACAACUGAAAAAAAUUCAACAGGAACAAGACGAGGCAGAGAAGCGACGCCUCGAAGCUAUUCAGAAGCGGAAUGGUCGGGAGAAACGUCAUAAUCCAGAGUCAAGAUCUAGAGAAAAUGGAGAGUCAAGACAUAGAGAGAAUCGAGAGCCAAGGCUUAGGGAAAACAGAGAACCUCAUUCAGAAACAAAAAGGGAAGACACUAGUCAAAGGAACUCUCCGAGACGCCUACGCAAUCCAAGUCCUUCCCCACCGCGCAAAGUCUCUAUUAAGGCGGAGCCCCCUAGUCCACCAAGACCAUUCCGCUAAGUUCAUCGAAAAUUGUCACUGUACAUAAACUUUUUUAUAAUUACAUUAUCGACUUGUGACACUAAAAAUUGGUCACCCUUUAAUACCGAUGUAUUAAACAAGAUAGUAUGGCUCUUGUACAUGCAGUUAUUGUAAAUAUCUACUUUUAGUGUAUUUGAUUCGUGCUUUUUAAAAUAAAUUUGUUAUUGAAUA